AUGGAUAUCGUAAAGAAUAGCAGUUCAAUGAUAUGUUCUCAACAUAAUGAGCAACAUAGAUUAAUAUGUUUUGGUUGUAGUAAAUUAAUGUGUUCAAGAUGUAUUAGAUUAUCUGAAAAUAACAAUAUAAGUAAUAAUAAUAAUAAUAAUAAUAAUAAUAAUCAUAAUAAUAAUAAUAACGAUCAAUUCUCUACGUUUAUCAAUAAAAGAUUAGAUUCCAUUUGGAAAUCGUUAAGAUCAUCAACAACUAAAUAUAAUAAAUUAACAUCUAUAGAGAAAAUAUAUAACUACAAUCACAAUAAUGACGAUAAUUAUGAGAUGCAGUGUAAUAACCAAGAAUCAGAUAUAGAACAAUCAACAGAUACUGCAGAUAGUUAUUCUUUAGCAUCCAUAGUCGAUUCUAUAUCGAACAACUCCUCAAUACUAUCGUUCAUCGAUGAUAAUCGAACAACAAUAUUCAAUCAGCAUAAUAACAUAAUUUUCAAUCUAAAAGAACUUCUUAAACAACACGACAAUGAUACAACAUCGUUGUUAUUAGAUACCAUUCAAAAAUACAGCAAUAGAUUUAAUACAUAUACAACCAACACCACCAACAAUGAUGCCGAUUUACAGAAUAAUGAUCAAUAUCAACUGAAUGUCACUAAACUUACAUUCGAUAAAUUAAAAUUGAUCAUUCAGCAAUCAAUUAAAAUUUCAAAACUACCUUCAAACAUUGAUAGCACCAAGAGCAGUAAAAUCAAUAACUAUAUCUUUACAACACAUAAUUCAAAUGGAGCAACACCCAUCAACACAACAAACAAUUCGAUAGAGCACAUUCACUUGGAUAAGUCUGUCUAUAAUACAUACUCCUCAGUGGUUACAGUUGGUGAAUAUAUUCUAUGGUUCCCCGUGUAG